AUGAGAUUGCGUUUUGGAGGAUUAUUAUGCGGACUUCUUGCAGCCGUGCAGAUAGCAAAAUGCAUAUACAUGACGCAGAAUGAGAUGCUGGCGUGCCAGAACAAGGAGGUGGGCCACGUGGGCGGAAAGCCCGUGUAUGUGAACACGCGCUGGGGCGGGCACCCGGUGUGCAUAGCGCAGCUUUGCCGGCUGGGGCAUGCGUACAAAAUGCGGGCGUACUCGUGCAAGGUGAACACAAGCUUCAGUCUGGUGCCGGACAGCAAACCGAACAACUACUUACACGAGCAUAUAUAUACGAGAGAGCCGGAGAAGGACGGGCUGCAUUCGAGAGUGGUUGCUCGCAAAGGUGGAUACAGCAUGAAGUUCCACAGGGCGCUGCUGCAGAUGUUUGGACUGCGGAAAUCUAGCGGGCCGGAGUACGACUGCCUGACAGUUGAGUGCGCGCGACCAGGCUCUUUUAUUCAGCUCCUCCGGGAGGGCUGCAAGACGCAAAAAGAGGCGCACUAUGUGCUGGCAGCGCUGCUGCUCCUGUGCGAGGGCGUGGACGUGCCGAUUGAGCUGGCUGAAGACAGGGUGACUAUAAGAAAAAGAAAAGGCAGCAAUCACCUGCUGGUUGAUGCCCGAAUAGGAGGGGCAGCUUUAGACGGUGUGGAAGGGCAGCUUUCCGAGGCUUGUCAGGUGAUAGACUUCUUCAUGCAGUACAGAGAUACAUACAAGAUGCCGAGCACGUAUGAGGAAUUCCAGUCGGGUAACUUUCUGGAGAGCCCGCAGCUCCUUAUUCUCACGUAUGUAGGCGAGUACGUGAAAAACGCUGAGGAGCUCAUGUCUGUGAUGGAGUGCAUAUUCAAGCUUGUGGAGGGCAUGGAGAUGGCCAAAAGCAUGGAGGACCCGGACAGCGUGGUCAGCCGGCUGUUUGUGCCUGCGAGCCGGCUGCCCGAGGCCCAGGCGUAUCUUGCGCCGUUUCUAGAGAUAUUUCCUGCUUUAGCAGCCUUGGAGCAUUUGGAAGAGUUUAAGAGCUUUCAAAACGAAGUAAGGAUGGCAGUCCAAAAAAAAGAUGCCCCAGAUGAAGAGAAGGAGUACUUUGACGACCGCGGCACGAACUGCAGGUUUAUUGGAGAGUGCUUGCUCUUGCUGUUUCUUGUGUUUGACUCCGAAAACCACGCGUACAGCCUGGAGGGCCUUCUGAGCGGGGCCGAGAACACGAAGGAGGUGGAGAAAACCAGGGCGUUUUUGGAUGAGCUGCAGGCGUGCAUUGAAAAAAAGUGCUCCUCUUUGGGGUUUCUCAAUGUCACACAACAGCAGAGGUACAGGGACCUGUGGCUCAAGAUGAACACGCAGUUUAAGGAGGCGCUGGGGAAUGCCGCGCCGACAUUCCUAAACAAGAUGCGCGUGCUUGCGCAGAUGGCUGGGCGGCCGCAUGCCGUGGUGGACGAGCUGGCAGCGCACCAGACGGCGAUGGACGCCGAAAGAAGCACAGAGUUGACCCCCGAGGCAAUUCAGAGCGUUCGGGCGCUGUUGCGAUCAAUAUCAGUGGAAAAGCGCGUGAAAGUGGCCAUUCAGAAGCAAUCGAAGGGCUCUGAGCCCGAAGGCUAUCUUCUUACAGUAAAGUAUGCGAAAAUAUGCACGUGCAUCAAGCAAGCUCUGGAUCUGUCGUUCCGUGAGAAUGGCUCCUCGAAGAUAUCUAUUUUGCUGCCAUUUUUUAGCGCUUCUGAAAGCUUGCAGAAUGAGCUGGGCGUGGCGCCCGCAAAAUACAGGCAGCAUAAGCGGUUUUCGAGCUUUGUGCUUGCGGAGUGCAUGCACCAGAUGGCGAUAGGGGCAGCCGCGCAGAGCUUUUCAGAAAUAACAACCAAAGAGCUGCGGGAGGCCGCGAGAAAGGCUGUCGAGCACAGUGCAGACUGGCCGAAUAGGGUGCUUUUGGCGCUGCCGGUUGCGGGCAAGGACAUCAGAAAAGAGCUUGUCUCUGCGCUUGUGCUGUAUGCUGAGCAGAAUAAGAUUGCGCUGACUCCAGAACACCCAAUAAGCCGGCUGGUUGCAAACGUGAUAGGGAGCAUCGACCUUGGCGGCAUGACAGCGCAGUAUACGAUCUUGGGGGUGCCUGUGGUCACCGGAACUCUGCAUAAGUUGUGUCCGACGGUGCAGCUGUCUGACAAGCUGCAUCAGGAGAUUUGGAGUUUUCAGAAAUUUGCCAACUAUGACGGGCUGUAUCCCAUCGAAGAGGCGGACGCUCUUACACACAAAAGCAUAAUGCAGUAUUUCUGGGAAUACGCCGUGAAGGCAGGCGAGCCGCUGUACAUGUGCGAGAUGCUGAAAGAUACUGCUGAAAGGCCAUUUUGUUGCACAUGGCUAUCUGCGGCCAAUCCGCGGGAAGUGCUGGAAGAGAUCUUCGUGCUUUUGCGGUCAGAGCACACGGGGGAGGAUUUGCAGAGGGCCGAGGCUCUGAUUGCGCAGCUGCAGCAGGCCUGGCCGGAAUACUUCCAGUAG